GAACCACCCUGUGUUGCUAUGACGUUCAGCGUGAAUUGGUGGUAAGUGUCAACAGUGCAAAUAAAGAAGUGAAAACAACAGACUGUUUUCCGUUCUUGUACUUUUCUGUUUUAUUUAUCGUUCACUAGCAAACCAGGCAAUCGAAAAGGGUAUGCGUAACGCGUAGUUGCUCGUGCGUACAGUGUGCAGCAAAUGUAGGAAAAACGGUUCCAUCGGCCGAACAGUGGCAUUUGGCGCAAAUCUAUCUGAUUUCCCCGUUUUGUGAAGUGGUGGGCGCGGCGUGUGGGUGCUUCAGGAGCAGUUCAACGUUGGGGAGUUUGCCAAUGGUAAUUUCAUGGUCAUUUGUUUGCAUUCCGCCACCUGAUUAGAAAGCAAUUGUGUCGAACUGCGGAAGGAACGUGCUGACGAGUUCGCUAUCUUACUCUCGCGCAGCAGCAAUUGUGAGACAACGGGGAGCAAGGUUGCGUGAAAACCCGCCCGCCACGGUGAUUUCUUCUCGCACACUGCCCCAAGUGCCUUGUGUGCGUGUGCUAAAGCGUCUGCGGAAGUAGCAGCCAGAAUUUGCCAUCCUCACCCAACGUACCCGCGAUAGAGACUGGUCGAGCGAGAAAAGCGAUGAAUUACGACGUGCUGUUAAGCAGGACCGGAUUCAACAAGCUGUCCAUAACACCGCAGCACUUCCGCAGCGUUUCCGAAGGUGACUCACGUUCCUGCGACCAUCGCCCGCAGGAACGCGCGGAUCGCGGCAGCGAUGGGACGAAAACGCCUGGUAGGAAGAUAUCGCUACCACCCCAUGCACACCGCCACGAAUCGGUGUCCGCCUCGUGCAGUCCCAUGCGAGGGGGACCCGCGGCAAACCACUCCACCGCCACCGGUGGUCCGGGCGAGGAGUUCAAGGGUAAGGUCGAGUCGAAGCUGCUGACGAUGUGGAACAACAUGAAGUUCGGCUGGAGCUAUAAAAUGAAGACAAACUUCUCCAAGGAGCAACCGCUGUGGCUGCUUGGCCGAUGCUACCACCAGAAGGUAACUCCCGUAACGUCGAUGGAAAGUUCGGUAGAGCUCGGCACAUCGGGGCCCGACGGUCAGCUGAUGGUGCUGCAGAACGUUUACUUCGCCGAACCGUCCAACUCACCGCCGGAGGAAACGGGUACGGAUGCAAUCGAGGACAGCAGUCCGGAAGCGAUCGUCGAGGAGGAAGGAAUCGAUGCGUUCCGGCGCGACUUUAUCUCGCGCAUCUGGAUGACGUACCGGCGCGAGUUUCAAACGAUGGACGAUUCGAACUACACCUCCGACUGCGGCUGGGGCUGCAUGAUACGCAGUGGACAGAUGCUGCUAGCCCAGGGCCUGGUUGCACACUUUCUUGGUCGCAGCUGGCGCUGGGACGUGUCGAUGUUUACCGCGUACGAGGAGAGCAUACAUCGGAAAGUGAUCCGCUGGUUCGGUGACACCUCCUCAAAGACGAGCCCGUUCUCCAUCCAUACGUUGGUGGCGCUGGGGAAGGAGUCAGGUAAAAAGCCCGGCGAUUGGUACGGACCUGGAGCAGUGGCACACCUGUUACGGCAAGCGGUACGCCUGGCAGCACAGGAAAUAACCGAUCUGGACGGGAUCAACGUGUACGUUGCCCAGGAUUGUGCUGUUUACAUACAAGACAUUCUUGACGAGUGCACUGUACCGGCAACACCGGCAGGAGCACCAUGGCAGAGGAAAGGUGCGCCCGGAGGCACGAACAGCUCCACCAGUACAGCCCACACCGAACAAACAGGAGCAACUUCAUGCGCAGAAGGCGAUGAGGACGUCCAAUCUGCUCAUUGGAAGUCGCUGAUCUUGCUAGUACCGCUGCGUCUCGGGACGGACAAGCUGAAUCCCAUCUAUAACGAAUGCCUUAAGGCGAUGCUCAGUUUGGACUAUUGCAUCGGCAUCAUAGGCGGAAGGCCGAAGCACUCACUUUACUUUGUCGGCUAUCAGGAGGACAAACUCAUACAUCUCGAUCCGCACUACUGCCAGGAUAUGGUUGAUGUGAACCAGGACAACUUUCCAGUCGCUUCGUUUCACUGCAAAUCGCCCCGUAAGAUGAAGCUCAGCAAAAUGGAUCCCAGCUGUUGCAUUGGGUUUUACUGCGAAACCAAGAAGGAUUUCUACAAAUUUAUCGAUAGUGUCAAACCGUUCUUAAUACCGGUUCAGCCGGGCAACCAAGACGCCGGAUACGCAAACCCAUCGUCCGGAUCGUCCACCGGUUCUGUUAGCUAUCCGAUGUUUGUGUUCUGCCGUGGGAAGAGCAGCGAGCAACGGGCCGACUUGCCCGGGCAACAACACCAAUACCCACAUCCGACGGCUUACCGAUCACCACCGACGGCGAUACCUCAACAGGCAGCCGGUGGCAACGAUGAGGACGAUGAAGAGGAUGAGGAUGAGGCAAUAGAAUUCGUCAUUCUAUAACCGCACCUUUCUUUCGCAUUCAUACAGCUAAGACACGUCGGUCGGUCGAUCGGAUAUGUGGCCAGCAGUGUAGCAGUUAACGACCUCCACAGUUCACCCUGCAUGUUCUAAGUGGCAACAUUCCAUCCUGUACGAUUGUAUGUCAAGACCUAGAUUGCCUAUCCAAGACAGGAAAUGGAGUAUCGUGGAAAAAUGUACUUAUAUUGUGAUUAUACCGCUUAAGACGAGUGGGCUCGUUAUUCAACGACGACUAUACCUAGCCUGCAGACUGGUACAACGCCGUACGUACUGUAAAGAGGGAAACUAUCUGUACCAUAAGUAUGUUAAUAUUAAUAAUUUAGUAUUGGAAGAUUUUUAUUUAUUUCUGCAACAAAAUUGUUUCGCCGCGCAUCGUACCCCCGGUUAAAUUUAGCAAAAUGCUUCAACUAUGUUUUAUGGUCGUACUUAUUGCAUGAAAAUGUGUUACCAAGCUAUUGAACCGUGUAGAUUUAACGUAUUAUUUCGUAUACAAUAAAUAGAAAAGAUCAUCGUAUAGAGGAAAAUAU